AUGGCUCAGACGCUGCCAGCUGGUCCGGUCCCAACGGUGAUUGACUUGACCCAGGAAGCCCAAAUGGAUGAAUACCAAGUCCCCGCGAAAGAUGAAAAAACAGGCGAUGAGCCACGGCAAGUGACCUUCAUCACCCUGGCUCAUCGGUCCCCGGAAUCGACCAUUCCCCAAAAGCGGAAAAGUGUAGAUGCCUCCGAGGUGUCCUCGACAACCUCUACCAAAAGCAAUGGUUUACCCAAGGACCUUCACCUGUCGCGGUUAAAGGCGACCUCCACGCCAAGCCCCACGCCCAGUCUGGCGUCGCAGAACGUGAGUGUCGUGAUUCCGUCACCGUCUAUCCACCAGAGGCGACGGAUGGAGGCUAUCAAACCGCCUUCUAAUAUCACGGGUUUUUCUAAAACGUGGUAUCCCAUUGAAGACGAGAAGAUCAAAGCUGCGGCAUUUGCAUAUCCGCGCGCUAGAUCAACCAACAGAUCCGUGGUCUCUCUCUCUCUCCGUCCAUCUGACAAAACUCUUUCUUCUCCACUCCCUACUCAGACGUCCAUACGUGCCACGCUCGAGCAGAAGCUGGCUCGUGUCAAGGGUCCUCCCAUCACUAUCUCUGCAGACUGUGAUAGGCUGCUGGCUAAGCUGGCGGCCAACUUCGAUUUCAUUAACGACUACAAGAUCCAGGACGGCGUCGAAGGCGUCGAAGAUGGCUUUAAUGCCGGCUGCAACUGUCCCAUUGACUGCCCGACUAAUAAAUGCGAGUGUCUGACCAACGAGCCGGACUCCAACAGAAAGAUCGUGCCCUACGACCCUUCUCCCAGGGGUCCUCCGGGCACCCUAAUCCUUCGGCCGGGCUUUUUGAAUCGAAAAUCGAUGAUCUAUGAGUGCAGCUACCGUUGCAAAUGCAAAGGUCUUAAGUGCUGGAACCAUGUCGUCCAACGAGGCCGCCAGGUCCGAUUGGAGAUAUUCAACACUGGAAAACGAGGGUUUGGCCUCCGUUCCGAGGACCAUAUUGUCACCGGCCAAUUCAUCGACCGUUAUCUGGGCGAGGUCAUUACAGAAAAUGUAGCCGAUGUGCGCGAGAGCCUCGCUUCUGCCGAAGGUGCACAGUCGUACCUGUUCGGACUGGACUUUCUGGUCAAGGAUGAAGAUAUCUUUGUGAUCGAUGGCCAUAAAUUUGGCUCGGCAACUCGAUUCAUGAACCACUCAUGCAAUCCAAACUGCAAGAUCAUCCCCGUUUCUACUACCAACCACGCCGACGACCGGCUCUACUAUCUCGCCUUUUUCGCUCUCCGUGAAAUCCCGCCCAAUACCGAGCUAACAUUUGACUACAACCCUACUGAGGGUGAAAGUAGUCCUCCGAAGAAGAUCGACCCCAACGCUGUGAAGUGUCUUUGCGGCGAGAAGAACUGUCGCGGUCAGCUGUGGCCUAAUGCGCGCAAAGGCCAGUAA